AUGAGUGACAAGAUAUUCAUUCUCAAGUCCAAAGAUGGCAAGCCACUUAAGCUUGACACCGCAAUCGACGUUGAACCCUAUAUUUCGUCUCUCAAAGGGAAUACUACUGUGGAAGAGAUAAGGCUCGGCGGAAAUACCCUUGGAAUCGAAGCCUGCAGAGCUCUCGGUGAAAUUCUCAAGUCAAACAAAAAUCUCAAGGUAUUCAAAGCAGAUGAUAUCUUUACUGGUCGCCUUAUUUCCGAGAUCCCAGAUGCUCUCACCGCCCUCCUCACCCCUCUCCUGGACCUGCCACAUCUCCACACUGUAGAUCUAUCCGACAACGCCUUCGGCGGCCGUCUGGCCGAACCACUGCGCGAUUUCUACUCUAAAGCAGGGCCCCUGCGCCAUCUUUUGUUGAAUAACAACGGACUCGGUCCUGCUGGCGGUACUAUAGUCGCUAAUGCCAUCAGGGACCUUGCCUCUCUCAAAGCUACAAAUUCUUCAUUCCCCCCACUCGAAACGAUUGUUUGUGGUCGUAACAGACUUGAAAACGGGUCCAUGGAUGCGUGGGCUGCUGCAUAUGCUGCGCAUAAGACACUUAAAACAGUAAAGAUGGUGCAAAACGGUAUCAGGCAAGAGGGAAUCGACAAGCUAUUGAGAGAUGGACUCUCAAAAUGUGCCGGACUUGAGACAGUCGACUUGCAGGAUAAUACAUUCACAUCCUAUGGCGCUACUGCCUUGGCCACAGUUGUAACUGGUUGGUCAGAUAUGGUGGAGCUGGCUGUCGGUGAUUGUUUGUUGGGCGCGCGGGGGGGGACUAUACUGGCUGAAGCGUUGGGCCAAGGAAAGAACAAGGCGAUCCAAACAUUAAGGCUGCAGUUCAACGAAAUUGACGCCAAGGGUGUCGAAGCGCUCGAACGUGCUGUUAAGCAGUCACUUCCCGUGCUUAGACUCAUGGAGCUUAAUGGGAAUAAGUUCUCAGAGGAUGAUGUCGCUAUUAGUGCGCUGAGGGAAAUCUUCGAAAAUAGAGGAUUUGGAGAGCUAGAUGAACUCGACGAGCUAGAAGAAGAAUCAGACGAGGAUGAAGAUGAAGAUGAAGAUGAGGAGGAAGACGAUGAGAAAGAGGAUAUUGUUAAAGAUGCGGAAGAUGAAGAGCAGAAAAAAAGAGGUGUUAAUAACUCCGAUACCUACAUGUUAUGA